AUGCAAUCUUAUACCCUGGGGCGGUUGACUUUGGCUCGCCAAGCCUGUGGCCGUGCGAUGUCCACCACUGUUCCGCUUGUUUCAACGGUCCACGGUGAUCCGUCAUCCUCGACGACGCCGUUAAUCAUGGCCCACGGUCUUUUUGGACAAAAGCAAAACUUUCGAACGAUUGCGAAGAAUAUAAACGAAAAAACUGGCGCCACCGUACAUUGUGUCGAUUUGCGGAAUCAUGGAGAUUCUCCGCACGCCACAGGAAUGACUUAUGAGGAGUUGUCGACCGAUCUGAUUCAAUACAUUCGAAAGGCAGGGCUUAUACUCUGUGCGUGCUUCUUUUUUGUUCUGAAUGGUUUUCUGGGUCUCUCAAAAUUCAGUUCUGGUCUUCAACAAAUUUUAUUAAAAAUUCUUAGGUAUUUCUUUUUAGAUUUUUCUUGCAAGGAAUGCUAUUUAUUAACUUCCGUAACAAAUUAUUAUGUGUUCCGAUUUAAAAAAAAAAAGAUUUAUAUGUUUUCGAAGGCGCGUUAACCUCUCCUGACUUGAAAAGCACGGAAAAGGCACUUCGUUUCGAUAAUUCUAGUUUUCGGAACGUUUUACCAUAGAAACAGUUCACCAAGAAAGAAAGACUAAAUGUUUAAUGGCUUUUCAUGAUAUUUUCAUGAUCAUUGAUGGACCCAGUUUUCCAGAUUCAAGAGAAGUCCGGCGUGAAGAAGGUCCACGUUCUGGGCCAUUCGAUGGGCGGCAAAACAGCCAUGCGGCUAGCACUUCGACCAGAUGGCCAGGAACUGAUCGACCGGCUCAUUAUUGAGGACGCAUCGCCGCGCGGCAAUAAAACCCACGAUUCUGGGUUCAUCGGCUACAUCCGAGCACUAAAAAAGCUCGAUUUGCACCGGCCGCGAAAGAACUUGCUCGACGACUUGGCCCCAGGCAUUCCUGACCUUCCUCUCCGACAGUUUUUCCUGACUAAUCUGCAGAAAAGCAAAGAUGACCCGUCAAAAAUGGAGUGGAAGUGCAAUUUGGACGCCCUCGAGCACUAUGUUCGCGAUAUUCUUGGCGAAGGAUUGACGGGUUCUGAUGGGACUUUUUCCGGUGAUACUUUAUUCCUUCGUGGAGAGCUCUCCGACUUCUUUACCGAUAAGGAUGAGCCGCUCGUCCGGAAUCUGUUCCCCAAGGUAGUUAUUAGUGAAAAUUAAAUAUUUUUGACGCGAAACUAUCAAUUUGUUUCUUCUAAACUUUCAUAUAUGUAGUAAUCAACGCGUUUUUGUGCAAAAAGUGAUGUGAAAUAUGAGAAGAUUCGGUUAACUCGGGUUUGAAGUAUCGCGUAACUAAAAAUUCCGAUUUUCUUUUUAUUUUCACCCUUUAGAAAGGUAUAUAGAUUCCAUAAAAGGAAACUUUUCGAUAUCUUGUUCAGAAUUCCUCUAGUUCUGGCGAAGUUCGGGUGCUAUAGGCCAUUCCGCGCUAGCUUGACGUUUUUUUUUUCCGCCAAAAGGCCAGGUCAAAUUUAACCAACUUUCGCUUCAAGACCGUUGUUUCUCGCCGUUAUAAAAGCAGAAAUUUGAUCUAAUUUGGUAUACGGUCUUUUUGGUGGGAAGAAAAACUUGACAAGCUGACGCGGAAUAGACUAAGGAGACUUGAAAAGGCCGCAGGAACACUUUGAAUUUUCUUUUUGAACCAGAAACGACUGAAAAUUGAAGACUCCCAAGUUUAUUUCUUACGAAACCGAUGCUUGAACCUCGCAAAAAUGUAGUUUUUGUUCCCUAUAAAUCGUUCUCAUCAACUUUUCUCCUACAAAAGAUAAAAAAAACACGUUUGGAGGUGCGGUUCGAGACGAUCCCGAACGCGCGUCACUGGGUGCACAGUGAUCAGCCGCGGGCGUUUGUCGAAAGCGUCUGCAACUUUCUGCAGCACUAG